AUGUGGGUAGAGGGCUCCCCCUUGGCACUGCUGGCUGCAGCUUCCUUCCUGAUGGCGGUGCUGGCAGCUGCCCGGGGGAGCGGGGAGUACUGCCAUGGAUGGACGGACGCUCAGGAUGUGUGGAGGGAAGGCGUCCAGUGUCCGGAAAGGUUCGAUGGAGAGGAUGCCACUAUCUGCUGCGGGACCUGCGUGCUGCGCUACUGCUGCUCCAGCGCUGAAGCCCGGCUGGAUCAGGGUGUGUGUAAUAACGACAGGCAGCAGGGGGCGCCAGACAACGGCAGGUCGGAUAAGGAGAGCCCGGACUCGGCAGCAGUGCCCAUCUACGUACCGUUUCUAAUAGUCGGAUCCGUCUUUGUCGCCUUCAUCAUUUUGGGGUCUCUAGUGGCCGUGUGUUGUUGCCGAUGUCUACGACCAAAACAGGAGCCCCAGCAGAGCCGAGCACCUGGGGGGAACCGACUCAUGGAAACAAUCCCCAUGAUUUCCAGUGCCAGCACUUCACAUGGCUCUUCCUCCCGCCAGUCCAGCACAGCCACCAGCUCUAGUUCCAGUGCCAACUCUGGUGCCAGGGCACCUCCCACUAGAUCGCAGACCAACUGCUGCUUACCAGAAGGAGCCAUGAAUAACGUCUAUGUAAAUAUGCCCACCAACUACUCAGUGAUGAACUGUCAACAAGCCACACAGCUUGUCCCUCAUCAAGGACAAUACCUUCACCCCCAGUUUGUUGGCUAUGCUGUACCUCAUGACUCUGUCCCCAUGACUCCCAUGCCACAAUUUAUGGAUGGACAUGGACUCCAGGGUGGCUACAGACCAAUGCAGUCACCAUACCCUCCCCACAACAAUCCAGAACAUAUGAUGUACCCAGCAGUGACUGUUUAAGUCUUAUUUAAUGGACUAUAAAUGAGGACUUGUCUUUAUCGGGGUCUCUUCUUGGAGGCCAAGAGAGAACUACAGGAAACAGUGCA